AUGCGUUUCUUCAGUAUCAUCGCCACUACCCUCCUCGCCGUGACCCCGGCUGUCAUGGCCCAGGGCCAGAACCCCACGGGCUGCCUUGACAAGUGCUACGUUCACAGCGACGUCAAGUGCCCUGCCACCCACUCGGCUGUUGGCCGCAUCGGACCUGGCUGCUUCAAGUGCUGCGAGUCCGUUUAA